AUGCUGCAGGAGGCCAGGUACCUGUUGGGCUCCCCGUGUGCCAGCGGGUUCGGCUCCAAGUCCACCGCCGAGGAGGUCACGGCCUCGUGCCCGGACCUGGGCUCCCUCACCGCCAUCAUCACCGGCGCGACAUCGGGGAUCGGGGCGGAGACGGCGCGGGUGCUGGCCAAGCGUGGUGCCAGGGUGGUUAUUCCGGCGCGGAGCGUCAAGGCGGCCGAGGACAUGCACGGGCGCAUCCUUGGCAAGUGCCCCGGCGCCGACAUCCUCGUGCUGCACCUCGACCUUAGCUCCCUCGCCUCCGUCCGGGAGUUCGCUCGCCGCUUCCUCUCCCUAGGCUUGCCCCUCCACCUCCUCAUCAACAACGCCGGCAAGUUCUCCCACGGCCAGCUCGCGCUGUCCGAGGACGGCGUGGAGAUGACCUUCGCCACCAACUACCUCGGCCAUUUCCUCCUGACGAAGCUGCUGCUGGGGAGGAUGGUAGAGACGGCGGCGGCCACGGGGGUGCAGGGCCGCAUCGUGAACGUGUCGUCCAGCGUGCACGGAUGGUUCCCCGGCGACUGGUCCGACUACCGCAUCGCAUCUUUCAUCCCUGCUUCACCUAACGCUCCCUACGACGCGACGCAGGCCUACGCGGUGUCCAAGCUUGCCAAAGUGCUGCACACCAAGGAGCUCGCUACCCGCCUCCAGGAGAUGGGCGCGGACGUGACGGUGAACUGCGUGCACCCGGGCAUCGUCAGGACACGCCUCAACCGCGACAGAGAGGGCCUCGUCACUGACCUCGUCUUCGUGCUGCUGUCCAAGCUGCUCAAGACCAUCCCACAGGCUGCGGCGACCACGUGCUACGCAGCGGUGCACCCAAGGCUGGCCGGCGUGUCCGGCCGCUACUUGGCCGACUGCAACGAGGCUCUGCCGUCGCCGGCCGCCGAAAGCCGCAGCGAGGCUGCGCGGCUCUGGCAGGCGUCGGAGGCCACAUCUGAGUAUCCGACUACUCUACUUUGCUUUGUGUCCAUCAACCGUGUAAACAUAUUCCUCGCUUGGUUUGUUCUGCUGCUUGCCAGGAAUGAGAUGAAUGUUCCUACAAGCUCUCUCACAGCUUAG